UGAGGGGAGUGUCUCUGUCAGUUCAAAGUUGUUUUUGUCAUCACCAGUAGAAAAAUUAAACCGGACCAAGUCUUGUUUUACAAAUUUUUUUGUGUAUAAAGUACAUCUCAUAAUAAGAAAAUGAUAGAUAUUGAUAACAUAAAUACAUCACAAGAUAUCACUACUCCAACGGGUGGAUCUACAAAUAAUACUAAUAAUCAAACAAUGAAUAGUACAAAUUCACAACAACAGUUAUCGGAAAAUUGUUUAUUAGUGGAUAUAUCCGAUGCGUUAAGUGAAAAGGAUAAAGUCAAAUUUACCGUACAUACACGUACCACGUUAAAAGAGUUCCAAAAGUCGGAAUUUUUUGUUGUACGUCAGCAUGAGGAAUUUGUUUGGUUACAUGAUCGAUUUGAAGAAAAUCCAGCGUAUGCGGGUUAUAUUAUACCGCCAGCACCUCCCCGACCAGAUUUUGAUGCUUCUAGAGAAAAAUUACAACGAUUGGGUGAAGGGGAAGGUACAAUGACUAAAGAAGAAUUUACGAAAAUGAAACAAGAAUUAGAAGCGGAAUAUUUAGCAACAUUUAAGAAAACCGUGGCAAUGCAUGAAGUGUUCUUAACACGUCUAGCUAAUCAUACCGUAUUUCGUUUGGAUCAACAUUUACAUGUGUUCUUAGAAUUUGAUCAAGAUUUAUGUGCACGUCCUAAAAAUAAAUUACAACUUUUAGGUGGUCUAGUAAAAUCUUUAGGCACUACAACCGAUCAAUAUUAUUUAGGCGCUACCGUACACGAUGUUGAUGAUUUCUUUGAGCAUGAAUUAAAUAGUUUAAAUGAAUAUUAUAAUUGUUUAAAAGAUGGUGUAAUUCGUGCAGAUCGUAUGACACAUAAACAUAAAGAUGUGGCGGAUACGUAUAUUUUAAUAUCAUCCGGUCUUGUACAUUUAGCAACGUUGGAUCAAAAUUUAGAUAAAUUUUUAUCGAAAUGUGCGGAUGUCUAUGAAAAAAUACGGAAAGUGGAAGGACGAGUCGCAAGCGAUGAAGAUUUGAAAUUAGCUGAUAUUUUACGUUACUAUCAACGAGAUAGCAAUGCAGCUCGUUCAUUAUUAUUUCGACGAUUAAAAUGUUUAGCACAGUAUGAAGCAGCCAAUCGUAAUUUAGAACGUGUUCGUGCCAAAAAUAAAGAUGCAAAUGGCACGUCUGAAAUUCAUGAGGCAGAAAAAGCUCAAAGUUUAGCGUGUGAACAGUUUGAACAAAUUUCAAGUCAAGCUAAAGAAGAAUUACAAGAUUUUCGUGUGCGUCGUGUUAAUACAUUUAAGAAAAGUUUAAUUGAGCUUGCUGAACUUGAAAUAAAACAUGCUCGAACUCAACAUGAAUUAUUACGUAAAUCGGUAGCAUCAUUAAAAGAAUUGUUGUAAUUAAAGAUCUAUAUUUUUCCUUGAUUCCAUUUUUUUUAUAUAAAUUCGUUUAAAAAAAAAAAAAACCUUGUAAAAAUUAACUCAUUUAAUUUUCAUGUUUUCUUUCAAGCUUUUAGUUUUUAAGUACACCUAUGUAAAUCGAAGUUUUCGAAUCGAUUUUUACGCUUAAAUGAAUGAGCGUUUCAUUAUACAAGUGAUGAUGAUGAUAGUGUCAUGUUUGGUUGCGCCAAACGUUGACUAACAUGCUAUUCCACAGGCUUCGAUCGUAUGCCGUGUGGAUUAUUUUUUCAGUGGUCCAAUUUUCACAAGGCAGGUUGCUUAGGUAGCUGGCUCUUUUCCUACCCCUACCGGAUUUACUCUCAACCUUCCCCGUGAGUGCCACUGCUUCAAUUAAUCAUUAAACAAGUGGGUUUUUUAAAUAGUUUUUUUAAUUUUUUCAAAAUUAGAACCGUUUUAAGUUAUUGGAAAAUCUUUGAAAUGUUAAAGUGUUGUCAUCUAAAAAUUUGGGAGGGUAUCAUACUUGACAUAAAAAGUAUUAUUUAAAGCGCUUUAUCCUAUUUUACGUUUUAGCCUAAAUAAAGUUUUUAACCCUCCAGACUGACCGUAUUUCGUAUCACAAGCUCUAUCUUGUGAUGAAAGAAAGCAUAUGAAAGCAUAGUUUAUCUGUCAUCUGUCUGUAUCUACGGAGAUGGCCGAAGUAUAGCAAAAUAGCGGUUUUUUUAACCAACUUUAGUAAAAAAAUUUUCAAAAUUAUAUUAAUAUCGAUCUACAUGGGUGUUUUAUGAUUUUUAUCUUUGAAAAAAACUCGAGGGAAAAUCCGUACUGCAUUCAUUAAAAUAAACGCGGUUUUUUUGUACAAUAUUAAAUAGAGUCAAAAAAUGUUAUCGGCCAUUUUAAUAUUCGUUUAUCUUUUUCUUUUUUUUUUCACAAACACACAAAAUAUUCGAAUUUACUUUUUACAAGUUACUUUUUUAUUGUUAAAAAAUUAAUUAUUUGUGUUAAAAUAGUUUUUUAUUUAUGGUCCGAGAGAUACGCGGAAAAAUCCGUUUAAAAUAGGGUUGCGUCAACCUUUUAAUAUAAAUUACAAGUUCGAGUCUUGGUGAUAAACGGCAGACAGGAGAAUAUCUGUGAUUGGUGUUUAAAGCUCGACGCAGAUAUCUCGUAGGUAUUUUUCUGUCUACCUGCAGGACCAUUAAGUUUAGUUUAGACUGUAAAAUAUUUUUUUUUUUUUUGGGAAAAGAUCUAUUUUAGGUCUAAAUCAGACCUUAGUUAUAUUAAAAUUUAAUAUGAAUGAUAUAAAUAUAUAAAAUA